AUGAAGAGGCGGAAAAAAGUGUCGGGUGCGGAACGAACGCGGAAAAGUUGGCGUUAUCCGGGAGACAAGUUAAAUCGCAAUUUAUUAGGGCGCACUAGUGAGCUUAGCGCCGACACGCCGACACGCCGACACGCCGACCGCGCAGCCGAGCCACGAGCGGGACGUCGUCGCACCGCAUCGAUAACGCUUCUGCUUCAAGUUAAACGCAUCUCGUAUAACACAAAAGACCCGACGUUAUGCUAA